AUGGUCCCCUCCUCCUCCUCAAACUCGACUCUUUUUUCUUUCCUUCUCUUCUCUCCAUACUCAUCACCUUCAAUCAAUAACAACCUCAAAAACAUUAUCUCUACACUACUCAAAAUGGCUCCCAUCAAGGUCGGCAUCAACGGUUUCGGUCGUAUCGGCCGUAUCGUCUUCCGCAACGCCGUCGAGCACCCCGAGAUCGAGGUUGUUGCUGUCAACGACCCCUUCAUUGAGCCUCACUACGCCGUCUACAUGCUCAAGUACGACUCCUCCCACGGCAUCUUCAAGGGUGAGGUCGGCAACGAGGGCAACGACCUCGUCGUCAACGGCAAGACUGUCAAGUUCUACUCUGAGCGUGACCCCGCCAACAUCCCCUGGGCUGAGACCGGCGCCGAGUACGUCGUCGAGUCCACUGGUGUCUUCACCACCACCGAGAAGGCCAAGGCUCACCUUGUUGGUGGCGCCAAGAAGGUUGUCAUCUCUGCCCCCUCUGCCGAUGCCCCCAUGUACGUCGUCGGUGUCAACCACGAGAAGUACGACGGCUCCGCCGACAUCAUCUCCAACGCUUCUUGCACCACCAACUGCCUGGCUCCCCUCGCCAAGGUCAUCAACGACAAGUUCGGCAUCGUUGAGGGUCUCAUGACCACUGUCCACUCCUACACUGCCACCCAGAAGACCGUCGAUGGUCCCUCCGCCAAGGACUGGCGAGGUGGCCGUGGCGCUGCCCAGAACAUCAUCCCCUCCAGCACUGGUGCCGCCAAGGCUGUCGGCAAGGUCAUCCCUGAGCUCAACGGCAAGCUCACUGGCAUGUCCAUGCGUGUCCCCACCGCCAACGUCUCCGUUGUCGACCUGACUGUCCGCCUCGAGAAGGGUGCUUCUUACGACGAGAUCAAGAAGGCCAUCAAGGAUUCUUCCGAGAACGAGCUCAAGGGCAUUCUCGCCUACACCGAGGACGAUGUUGUCUCCUCUGACCUUAACGGCAACACCAACUCCUCCAUCUUCGAUGCCAAGGCCGGUAUCUCCCUCAACGAGAACUUCGUCAAGCUGGUCUCCUGGUACGACAACGAGUGGGGUUACUCCCGCCGUGUCCUCGACCUUCUCGCCCACGUCGCCAAGGUCGAUGCCUCCAAGUAA